AUGGUGAAACAAGGGUGGGGAUGCAUGCAUGCUGCGUGCAAGCUCUGCAAGCUUGACAUCUGGAGCUCCCCUGCCGCGGGGGCCCGGCGGCCGUGGUUCGAGAGGAGACGUGGCUCUGAAGAUUGGUCGUCAUCGGUGAACGUUCCCUCCUUCGAAUGGAAGGAUAUCGGGCAUGCGUUCGUGGGCCUCUUCACUCGUCAUGAUCACUGGUGGGAUAGGGAGGACGUCGCUUUUACCAUGAUCAAGGUGACGAUGACAGCUGAUGAUAGGCCUGGUCGAGCCAAGGCCCAGGUGAAAGAGGCAGAGGAGCAGCAAGAGAACAAGAAGAAAAUCGGAAGAGACGGCUAG